UGCAGAGUGCUGUGUGCCAUCAGUAUCGUGGCCGUCGUCUUCUUCGGAGCGAUCGGAGCGGAGCUUUCGACCCGAGAUCGCAUACGGAUUCACAAAGAAUGGCUGGAACGACGGGCGGCGCAGAAAACACACUCCAGCACCACCGUUCUGCCUCAGCCCUCCGAUGCUACGACCCAAAGAACUACCUAUACAUUUCGAAAACUGAUUAAGUUCAGUGUACAAAAUGAACCGCUGUCAGAGAAUGACGUCUCUUUCGUUCCCCAUUUCGAAGGAGACGCGGGUGGUGGUAGUGGUGCUGGUGAUGGCAGUAACGUUGCUGAAGGUGUCAAUAAAAACGUCAUCGUUGCGAACGGGGCAAGCAAGCAGCCGGAAGCGUCUCAUCAUCGUCGGGAUCAGCAGGGGCGGGAGCUGCAUCACCAUCGGGUUCACCAUGGAGGAUAUGCCACGCCUCAGCCCGAGCUGAGAGGAAAGGACCUUUUGACGGAGGAUGGCGACCGGUACCGGUACGAGGUAGUCACCGCACAGGAAGCUGGCGUCUCUGAACCGGCGCACCCGCUGGGAGCGCAGGACCGGAAGGAACCCGAUUCCAAACCGGUGGUAUAUGUAAUGGGACCAUCAGGAGGUGACGAAGCGGGACUCGGAACUCCGUCUCCCGACUUGGAAGAGCACCCACGUCCGACCGUGGCCACCGACGUGGCCCAAAUUAAUGUCCCCUUGUGGCUCCUACACCAGAACCGGAGCGCUGGCACUAGCGACAACGCUCCUCCCGGACCGAAUGAUUUGUCGAGUGGCAGCAGCAUCAGCGAAACGACCACCAGCCAUAAAUUAGAUGCCACCACGGAGGAGCCAAACGCGACCGGAAAUGCCGCGGUGCACGUUCGUUCGAGCACAAAACCUUCCGGCGAGGGGGCCGGGCCGGAUCCGACCGCGACCAACAGCGUCGAGGAGCCCCGGAUGACGGCACUCGCAUUACCCUCGAGCCCGGCGACGGCCCUGCAGCUGGCCGAUGGAAACGUGACCGUGCGCAAUUUGUUCGGCCCGUGGAGCAACUGGACUGCCUGCUCGAGGACGUGCGGGGGAGGCGUCAAGACGCAGCACCGAACCUGCUGGAAGCGCGAGUACAUAAAUGGAAAAAAGAGUACGAAACCGGGCGUCGAGAGCCAUGAGUGUAUUGGAAUCAUCAAGCGCUUUCACCUUUGCAACGAACAGGAUUGCCCAACAACCGACGGAGACUUCCGUGAGCAGCAGUGUGCCCGUUUCAAUAACCAAACGUUCCAGGAUAAACGUUACAUAUGGGAAGCGUUUGUGAAAGAGGAUGCCGAGUGCGAACUGAACUGUAAGCCGAUCGGAAUGCGUUAUUUUGCGACACUGAAUAAAACUGUCGUCGACGGAACGCCUUGCAUCAAACCGACGGAGUACUUCCGAAACAACGAGUCGACCGUUGGCCGAGGGAUAUGCGUCGAGGGUGUGUGUAAGGCCGUUCACAACAGUGGCGUCAUCUCCGGCACGUUCAUGAACUAUGGCGCCGUCCGGUGCGGUACGACCGUGUGCCGGCCCAUCUCCGGCAUCUACACGAAGACCAACCACAACAACGGGUACGUGCACGUGGCCAAAAUACCGCCCGGUGCAUCCAACAUCACGAUAACGGAGCUGCAGAACAGCCAAAACUAUCUCGCGCUGAAAUCGGCCGACCAGCGAUUUUUCAUCAACGGCGACUACACCAUCUCGCUGAGUGGCCACUACAGCGCCGCCGGCACCGUAUUCGAUUACCGCCGGGUCGAUGGGUUGACCAACGGCUCGAACAGCAGCUUCCGGCACGUGGAGGGCAUCACCGAGUGGGUGACGGCGCCCGGCCCAACGACCGAGCCGGUCCAGCUGUUCCUGCUCUCGCAGUCACCGAAUCCGGGCGUCAAGUAUGAGUAUCUGCUUCCGGUCACUGAUGCACUCACCGGCGAACCGUCCUCGCUCGAGGAUCCCAGCGCAGAAGCUGGAAACGAUAUUUCGGAAAAGGCCAACCUGCGCGUACCGAAGCAGCAGCGUCCAGCGGCAUCGACGACCGCCAAUGCAACCACGCCCACGACGGGUCGUGUAGGACAACGGAAGCGGAAGUACCUUUGGAAGGUGGUCGGCUUCAGUGCGUGCAGUAAGUCGUGCGGUGGCGGUAUCCAGCAGCCCGUGAUCCGCUGUGUCCGCGAGUCACCGACGCGCAACUUCCCGGUCAAACGAUGCGCCCACCUGCCGCAGCCGGUGCUGAACGAGAACCUUAUGCGCUGCAACACCCAGCCUUGCCCGGCGUACUGGAAGCUCGGCGAUUGGGGCCAGUGCAACUGCGAGGAGCGGUACGACGAGGAGGUGCUGCGAACGCGCGAGGUCAAGUGUGUCCAGGAGUUGCUUUCGGGGAUCGUGAUUCAGGUCAGCAAUGGCGCUUGCAUGGACGAACUUCCGCCGAGCACGGAACGGUGCGAAUGUUCGCGCGUUGUGAAACCUACCCCUGCUAGGAACGGUGGCGAGCGGCCACACCACAAACCGACCGGUCAGUCGAGCCAGGAUGGGCAGCAUCAGCACCAUUCCGCACACCACGGUCACCGGGGGCAUCAGCACUCGCGGGACCACGAAGCCACCACCACGCUGCUGACACAGAACGACAUGGAUAACGGAUCGUCCAGUGCCCGGCCAAUCAGCAACGGGCCAGCGCAUCGACGUAAACCACGACCGGACAGUAACACCAUCAGCCAGCAGGCGGAAUCGAAGAAGACGGGCGUUUGGCUGACCGCCAACUGGAGUGCCCGGUGUUCGACAACAUGCGGCAUCGGCCUGCAGACACGCUCCAUCUUCUGCGAUCGCAGCUCAUCGCGCAACUCGGAACGUUGCGAUCUCCGUCUGAUGCCGGAAACGACCCGCGAGUGUACCAGCGAUAGGGCCUGUGAAUUUGGGGAAUGGUUCACCGGUCCCUGGACAUUGUGCUCCGGUGAUUGCUUCAACCUGACGCGCUCCCGGACGGUACUUUGCAUCCGCAACGAUCACUUCGCGCCGGAAAGUGAGUGCGACCCGGACAACCGACCGAAAACUAUCGAACCCUGCGACACCGAAUCAUUCGACGAGUGUAAACCUAAAUGGCACUAUUCCGAGUGGACCGACUGCACCAAACCCUGCGGAAGUGGCAACCAGCGACGCGUGGUCAAGUGCUUGGAGUUCAAUCUGCGCGACAAAAUGCUCCAGGAAUCGGUCGGCUGCCGUUACGCCGACCGGCCGACGUCGUACCGGGUGUGCAACGAGGAGGCAUGCCCGCUGACUACGGUUCCACCGACGACGACCACCACCACGACCACCUACUAUCCUGCCACCCUGUCGACUUCGUUCGCACCGUCGGCCGAUCCGUACUACGAGACGCGCACCGAUAUGAUGUCAAACGAUGAAAACUGCCGAGACGAUUUCCCGAACUGCACCAUCGUGCUGAAGGCCAAGCUGUGCACCUACGCGUACUACAGCCAGGCAUGCUGUCAGACGUGUCGAACGCGGCAGAAUGAGCUGUACUAA